AUGGUCCUGCCGCUCCUGCUCGCGGCCUGCCCCGGACUGCGGUUGCUGAGCUUGGAGCUGCACCUCACCAAGCGGCCCUUCAGGCGCCACCUCGCGCCCGCCCUGGCGGAGGUGCUCGAGCUCUUCGGCUUCAGGCCCCUGGACGGGCGGCGCCCGGAGCUGCAGGACGUUGCGGAGCUCACGCACUGGGUCCGGGAGCCCAGCGCCCCGCGGCUGGAUGAGGCCCUGCUGCCCCCUGUCCUGGCGCUGUGGCGCCACACGCUCGCCGGCUGCACCGAGCGUCUGCAGGGGCGCGGCGACAGGGAGCGGGCGCCGACCGGCGAG